AUGCCUCCUAAGAGUAAGGCUAAGGCUAAAGCGAAGGUUGGCGCGAACAAGAAGCUUACCCGGCCUGGUUCGAAGAUCCAUGCGUUGGACGCAAGUGGGGCAGUUUUCAAAGCGUUUUAUGUAUGGUCUGUGGAUGCUCCGAUCGUGAAGAAGAAGCCUGAAGAGUUGUAUGGGAAAUGUUUGGUCUUGAAUGGUUCUAAUGAAGAUACGUUUAAGUUGAAGCAGGUGGAGCCUGAGGAGGUUGAUGACGUGUUCGAGAGUGCUGCGAGUCGUUGUUAUAACGCAAACAGUAACAUAGAUCCGAUGGCGUUUCCGGACAUCGGUAUGUUGCCGCACACGAAUGAUGCUUGUGUGUUGGAUUACAUGAGGGCGCGUUUAGUGAUGGGUAAUAUUUUCGUGACUGCUGAGCCGUUGUUGGUUGUGCAGAAUCCGUUUAAGAAUGUUGGGAAUGCAACGGAUGACUGGAUACGGAAAUAUCGAGACGUGCCGGAUGUUUCUACUUUAGGACCCCAUGUAUUCUCGAUUGCUCGUACAGCAUUAGAGAACCUUCACUCAGUCAACAAGUCUCAAACCAUUAUUGUGUCUGGCGAAUCUGGAGCUGGUAAGACUGAGGCCACUAAGCAGGCAAUGCGAUUUUUCGCUGCUGCCAAGUCUGGAGCCAUGGACUUAAGAGUACAAAAGGCUAUAUUAGCGGCCAACCCUGUACUGGAGGCUUUUGGUAACGCAAAGACAAUAAGGAAUAACAACAGCUCCCGAUUCGGACGAUACAUGCAGCUACUAGUGGCUGCUAAUGGAGGUAUUCAGAAUGGUUCUGUACAAGGUUUCUUGUUGGAGAAAAGUCGUAUUCUAUGUCAAGAAGAUAACGAGAGAAGCUACCAUAUAUUUUACCAAAUUUUGAAGGGCGUAAAUGAGGACCAAAAAAAGAAGUUUAAAUGCAAGACACUUCAACAGUAUAAAUAUAUCAAUCCCAAGUGCUUGGACUCGCCCGGCAUCAACGACUUAGAAGAAUGGAAAGAUGUGUGCGAGUCGUUCGAUUCCAUGAUGAUGACAGCUGAAGAACGUGAUAGUGUGCUAAGUAUAUGCUCUGGUGUCCUGCUUAUGGGUAACGUUGACAUUGUGGGAGUAGUAAAGCAGGGAUUGGACGAAGCGGCAGAAAUAGAGCCUGGUUCGAGACAGGCGUUUGAAGAUGCCUGCGAGUUGAUGUUCAUUGAUCCAAAGGCGGUUGAAGAAGGUAUCACAGUGAAAAUAAGUAUAGCUGGUGGUAACGAGAUACGAAGCGUCUGGAAACGGGAUGAAGGCGACAUGUUAAAAGCUUCACUUGUAAAAGGUAUGUAUGAUGCCACGUUCCAGUAUAUUAUAAGAAAGCUUAACUCCAACAUAGAACCUGAAGGUGGGUGGCCAGCUUACAUGGGUAUGCUGGAUAUUUUCGGGUUUGAAGUAUUCAAGAACAACUCUCUAGAACAGUUGUUUAUUAAUGUGACCAAUGAAAUGUUACAGAAGAAUUUUACAGAUACUGUCUUUGAGCGUGAAAGCAAGUUGUAUAAAGAUGAAGGGAUUCCGAUAACAGAUCUAAUUUUUACUUCUAACGCGGAGGUUAUAGAAGCAUUGUCUGGUAGGAGAGGUUCAUUAUUUGCUACCUUGGAAGAUCAAUGUCUGGCGCCAGGUGGUACGGAUGAGAAGUUCCUGUCGGCAGUGUAUAGUACACUGAAGGGGUCGACGAAGGUUUAUGCGGCUAAGGUAGGAGGCAACCAGAUUUUUGCUGUCGCACACACGAUUGGUGAAAUCAAAUACGUGGUUGAAGGAUUCUUGUUUAAAAAUAAGGAUGUACUUCGUGCGGAACUGGUCGAGGUGGUUCAAGGGAGUACGAACGUUGUUAGUAAGGAACUCUUUGCUGGUGUUGUAGUCGAAAAGGGUAAGAGCGCGAAAGGUCAAUUAAUUGGAUCUCAAUUCAUGAACCAGUUAUCAAGACUUAUGGAACUUAUUAAUGCGACAGAAGCUCAUUUUAUUCGCUGUGUUAAACCCAAUGAAGAGAAACUACCACUAACAUUCACUCCUGACAAGGUUUUAAUACAACUACAAUCGCUUUCAAUUUUGGAAGCAUUACAACUACGGAAUUUGGGCUAUAGUUAUCGUAGACCCUUCGGCGAUUUUCUAUACCAAUACAAGUUUGUUAACCUUGGCAUCACUGAGGAUAAAUCUCUUGAACCUAUGGAUGCUGCUAAAAAAUUAUUACAAUCAUCCAAAAUACCAGAAUCUGAUUGGAAGAUUGGGAAAACGAUGACCUUCAUGAAACCCGCAGCUAUGAAAGCAAUGCAACAUAAACAAAGAGAAGCACUUGCAAGCUGGCAACCACUCAUCUCUCUUAUUGAAGCACUCUACAAAAGGAUGUCACUCAGAAAAGAAUACCUUAAACUCCGUGCUGGAGUAGUCAGAGCUCAAGCUUUGACUAGGAGAAGACUAGCUGGCAGAGUACCCGCUCCACCUCCAGACGUCGCUGUCGGGUUCUAG